GUUCAAGAAUAGACCAUGUAUCCGGGCAAGUUCACCCACGAGACAAAUGAGGCUCUUGCCGGGUCUCAUGAGUUGGCUGCGAAUGCCGGGCAUGUACCGUUCACUCCGCUUCAUUUAGCCACGGCUUUGAUUUCCGACCCGAAUGGUAUUUUCUGGCAAGCAAUUGCCAAUGCUGGUGGUGGUGAAGAAGCUGCAAAAUCAGUUGAGAGGGUCUUCAAUCAGGCAUUGAAGAAACUCCCCACGCAAAGCCCUCCCCCGGAUGAAAUCCCUGCAAGCACUUCUCUCAUUAAGGUGCUUCGACGGGCGCAAUCGUCACAGAAAUUGAGAGGUGACACCCAAUUAGCCAUUGAUCAACUGAUCCUUGGCCUUUCGGAAGAUUCCCCAAUUGGGGAUCUUCUCAAGGAAGCAGGGAUCACUACUGCAGAGGUGGAGAAGCUCCGUGGCAAGCAAGGAAGGAAAGUGGAAAGUGCUGCUGGGGGCACUACAUUCCAUGCUCUGAAGACUUACGGCAGAGACCUUGUUGAGCAGGCUGGAAAGCUUGAUCCGGUCAUCGGGAGGGAUGAAGAGAUUAGGAGGGUUAUUACGAUUUUGUCAAGAAGAAACAAGAACAACCCAGUUCUUAUUGGAGAGCCUGGUGUGGGUAAAACUGCAGUCGUUGAAGGCUUAGCGCAGAGAAUUGUUAGAGGGGAUGUUCCUAGUAAUCUCGCUGAUGUGAGGCUUAUAGCAUUAGAUAUGGGGGCAUUAGUUGCGGGGGCAAAGUAUCGCGGAGAGUUUGAGGAAAGAUUGAAAGCUGUUUUGAAAGAAGUGGAAGACGCUGAAGGGAAAGUGAUUCUUUUUAUUGACGAGAUACACCUUGUUCUGGGCGCCGGUCGAACACAAGGGUCCAUGGAUGCUGCUAACCUCUUAAAGCCAAUGCUUGCUAGGGGCCAACUCAGAUGCAUCGGUGCUACAACUCUUGAGGAAUACAGGAAGUAUGUGGAGAAAGAUGCUGCUUUUGAGAGGCGGUUCCAACAAGUUUAUGUGGCCGAACCUAGUGUUGUAGAUACGAUUAGUAUUCUUCGAGGUCUCAAAGAGAGGUACGAGGGACAUCACGGUGUUCGAAUUCAGGACCGAGCUCUUGUCGUAGCUGCACAGCUAUCAUCUCGAUAUAUUACUGGGCGGCAUCUGCCGGACAAGGCAAUUGAUCUUGUUGACGAAGCUUGUGCAAAUGUACGGGUCCAGCUCGACAGCCAACCCGAAGAGAUCGAUAAUCUGGAGAGGAAAAGGAUUCAGUUAGAAGUUGAACUUCAUGCUCUGGAGAAGGAGAGUGACAAAGCUAGUAAAUCUCGCCUUGUUGAAGUAAAAAGGGGGCUUGAUGAUCUGAGGGACAAGCUUCAGCCUUUGCUGAUGAAGUAUAGAAAGGAGAAAGAAAGGAUUGAAGAGCUUCGCCGGCUUAAACAGAAGCGGGAGGAGCUCCUGUUCACUUUACAGGAAGCCGAAAGAAGAUAUGAUUUGGGAAGAGUAGCAGACCUGAAGUACGGUGCAAUCCAAGAAGUCGAGGCCGCGAUAGCAAGCCUUGAUGAUCGGACGAACAAGCGUGUGCCUUUGCUGAUGAAGAGGAUUUUUAAUUUUUGCCGACUUAAACAGAAGCGGGAGGAGCUCCCGUUCACUUUACAGGAAGCAAGAAGAAAUUAUUUGGCAAGAGUAGCAGACCUGAAGUCCGGUGCAAUCCAAGAAGCCGAGGCCGCGAUAGCAAGGCUUGAAGGGAGCACAGAGGAAAAUUUGAUGCUAACAGAAACUGUAGGACCGGAGCAGAUUGCAGAGGUGGUGUCUCGCUGGACUGGUAUACCUGUAACAAGGCUCGGACAGAAUGAGAAGCAGAGGCUGAUUUGCCUUGCCGAGCGGUUGCACCAAAGAGUAGUGGGACAAGAUCAGGCAGUCAGUGCAGUUGCCGAAGCCGUGUUAAGGUCAAGGGCCGGGUUGGGGAGGCCACAGCAGCCGACUGGUUCAUUCCUUUUCUUGGGUCCAACAGGUGUUGGGAAGACCGAGCUUGCAAAAGCUCUAGCAGAACAACUCUUUGAUGAUGAAAAUCUAUUGAUUCGGAUUGACAUGUCCGAGUAUAUGGAGCAACACUCGGUUGCUCGAUUAAUCGGUGCUCCACCCGGCUAUGUUGGGCACGAGGAAGGUGGUCAACUCACAGAAGCCGUGAGGCGGCGGCCGUAUAGCGUUGUUCUUUUUGAUGAAGUAGAGAAAGCCCACCCCACUGUUGUCAACACCUUGCUUCAAGUUCUGGAUGAUGGAAGGUUAACCGAUGGUCAAGGCCGCACGGUUGAUUUCACCAAUACAGUGAUCAUUAUGACUUCGAACCUUGGAGCCGAGUACCUCUUGGCAGGCUUAAUGGGCAAGUCGACAAUGGAGGCAGCACGCUUAAUGGUGAUGCAAGAGGUGAGGAAGCACUUCAAGCCUGAGCUGCUCAACCGGCUCGACGAAAUUGUGGUAUUUGACCCUCUAUCUCAUGAGCAGCUGAUGAAGGUUGCUAGGCUUCAGUUGAAGGAUGUAGCCAGCCGCCUGGCAGAGCGGGGUGUCGCCUUAGGUGUGACUGAAGCGGCAUUGGAUGUCAUCCUAGCGGAGAGUUAUGACCCGGUAUAUGGCGCCAGACCGAUCGGGAGAUGGCUGGAGAAGAGGGUGGUGACCGAGCUGUCUGAAAUGCUCGUGUGGGAUGAGAUUGAUGAAAACACAGCUGUUUACAUAGAUGCUGGAUACAACAGGAAGGAAUUGACAUACAGGGUUGAGAAGAAUGGAGGGCUUGUCAAUGCAGCCACCGAGCAGAAAUCGGAUAUACUGAUUCAGAUAUCCGAUGGGCCAAGGAACAGUGAUGCUGCCCUGGCAAUGAAGAAGACGAGGAUCAAAGAAAUCGAAGAUGAAGACGACGAAAUGGAUGAAUGAAGAGUCUGUGUUCUGUGUUUCUGGUGCUGGUGUUGAAGUAGUAGAGUUCAAUGGUUUCCUUUAGUUGUAUUUUCCUUGUUUUCUGGCUUUUGUCUUGUAUGCAUUGUAUUGACGGUUUGAGUUCGGAAGUGUAAGAGU